GUGUUAAAUAGGACGGAAGGAAGAGCAACUACAAUAAACUCCUACUUUCCUCAUACUGUGGCGAUGGGUGUUUAUGAUUUAGUAAUGAGGAAAAAAGAGCGACUUAAGGCCGCUCAUCCUGUGAAGAAAGACGAAUCCUCCGAGGAGGAGGCGUCCAUCGAUUUAGAACAGGAGGAUGGAUCAGAGGCCUCAGAAUCCAACAAAUCUAGACCUGCCUCCGUGGAAGAGUCUGUUGAUGGUGCUUCAAAGGAGGAGAAGCCGAUGAGUGUCGAGAUUAAUGAGCCUUCGAAAUGGGUAGAACGUAUGGCACUUACUUCGACCCGUGCUUUGCCAUCGGAUCUGAAUGCCGAUGAUGAUCCCAAGCGAGAGGAGGCGUUUAUUCAGCAGACCCUUCUUUCGGUUAUGCAGGGUAUCUCCCUGUUGGAGCGCGCCGAGGUUCCCUGGAAGCGCCCGGAUGAUUAUUACGCAGAAAUGUACAAAGAUGAUGUCCACAUGAAUAACGUGCGCCGCGCGAUGGAAGCGACUAAGGCCCGCAUUGAGGCCCAAGCCCACCGGCGUGCGAUGAAGGACCAGAAGAAGUACGGGAAGGAAAUCCAGGCAGAAGUGCUUCGUCAGCGAGCGAAGCAUAAGCGGGAUAUGCAGGAGCGGUUAAGUAGCUGGAAGAAGAAAAGAGGAGGCGAUGAGGCCAUGCGCGAUAUUUUAAAUAACGAUGAGGAUGGUGAAGGUCCUUCUAAGCGCCGCAAGAAUGAGCCGCGUCGGCCAAAUUUAAAGCCUGGCGGGAAGAGCAAAAGACCUGGAAAGAAUGCGCGCCACCGUCGCUGAUGAGGAUGUCCCUAAUAUUUUAAUUUAUUUUUCCACAUUUCUAAACACGUAUAUGCGUAUAAACUGACGGGGGUAGUAAUAUUAAAAAAAGUAAUUUCAUACGAUUAAAAGGGAUUUGUGGAAUUCCUUUUUCUAACAACUAAGUGGAGUUGAAUAACUUUAUAUUAUCCAAA